CUCUGCAUAACCUUAGCUCAUAUCACAGCCAGCCUUGCACCGCGACACACGCAUCGGAAUGAGGCAACAGGAGAGCAAGGUGGCGAGGGUGACACUGGCGGUGGUGGUGGUGGUGUUGGCGUGCAUGGCUGGCGGUGCAGAGGGAUUGGCUUAUGACCUACGUGACGACCCCAGCCUGUAUAACAUCGGUGUGGGCAUCUAUGACGUGACUGGCCCCGCUGCUGGUGUCAAUAUGAUGGGCUACGCCAACCCGGCACAGGUCAACAGCGGCAUCCACAUGCGACUGUUCUCCCGCGCCUUCAUCCUGGACGACACGCAGCGCCGCCUGGUGUUCGUGAGCGUGGACUGCGGCAUGAUGGGCUCCCUCAUCAAGACCAAGGUGUUGGAGAAGCUGCGAACGGAGUAUGGGGAUAUGUACACGGCAGCCAACGUGAUCCUGAGCGGCACACACACACACUCUGGGCCAGCCGGCUUCCUGCAACACCUCCUCUUCGACAUCACCUCACUCGGCUUCAUCUGGCAGACCUUCGACGCAAUGGUGGAGGGCAUCUUCCAGAGCAUCAAGGAGGCGCACAAUAGCGUGGUGCCUGGCUACAUAUACCUGAGCAGCGGCGAGAUCCUGGACGCCUCCAUCAACCGCUCCCCCACAAGCUACGUCACCAACCCCGCGGAGGAGCUCGCCAGGUACUCCUACGACACCGACAAGACCAUGACGCUGCUCAGGCUGGAGGCGCAGGAUGGCACGCCGCUAGGUAUGGUCAACUGGUUCGCGGUUCAUCCCACCUCCAUGAACAACACCAACACUCUCAUCUCUGGGGACAACAAGGGCUACGCGUCCCAGCUCUUCGAGGAGGUCAUGAACCCCGGGGCCAUGCCAGGAAAGGGUAAGUUUGUCGCAGCCUUCGCCCAAUCCAACUGCGGAGACGUGAGCCCGAACAUCCAAGGCGCCCGCUGCAUCGACACCGGGCUGCCCUGCGACCUGGCCACCUCCACCUGCGACGGGAAGGUUCAGAACUGCAUCGCUUCAGGACCCGGCAAGGACAUGAUGGAGAGCACGAAGAUCAUCGGCACCAGGCAGUUCGCUAAGGCCGUGGAGCUGUACAGCGACCCUAACGCGAUGAGGGUGUCGGGGCCCGUGCACUACGCUCAGCAGUUCAUAGACAUGUCCAACUACAGAGUGAAUCUGAAAGACGGCACGGAGGUGUUCACGUGUUUGCCAGCGCUGGGUUACAGUUUCGCCGCGGGCACCAUCGACGGUCCAGGCGCCUUUGACUUCACGCAGGGCACCACGGAGGGCAACCCCUUCUGGGACAUCGUGAGCGGCCUGCUGCACAAGCCAUCGGAGGAACAGGUCGCCUGCCACGCCCCCAAACCCAUCCUGCUGGACACUGGCGAGCUCAACAAGCCCUACCCGUGGCAUCCCCGCAUCAUGGACACGCAGAUGGGGCUCGUGGGACAGCUGGCCAUCCUUCCUGUGCCCGGAGAGUUCACCACCAUGUGCGGCAGACGCUUCAGGGAAAAGGUUGCAUCGGUGCUGGCGGCGGCCGGUAUGGAAGACGUGGUUCCAGUGUUGGCGGGUCUGUCCAACGAGUACUCCCACUACAUCACCACGUGGGAAGAGUAUCAGAUGCAGCGCUACGAGGCCGCCUCCACCAUCUUCGGCCCCCACACUUGCGCCGCUUACAUACAGCAAUAUGUCCACUUGGCCCAGUCUAUCCUUAAUGGUACAGAGAUGCCACCGGGCCGGUCACCUCCCGACUUGAGCAGCAGUGUGCUCUCCUUGCUGCCUGGCGUGCUGUUUGACAGGGCGCCCUUGUUCUCUGACUUCGGGGACGUGGUGGCGCAGCCCUACCCCUUGGCCUACACCGGAGAGACUGUCACGGCCAAGUUUGUGUCAGGCCAUCCCAGGAACGACGUGCAGUUGGAUAAGACUUUCCUGACGGUGGAGAGACUUGUGAACUCAUCAGACGUGUGGGAGAUAGUGGCCACUGAUGCUAAUUGGGAAACCAGGUUCAUCUGGGAUCGCGUGUCGCUGCUACUAGGGACAAGCCUGGCCACCGUGAAGUGGGACAUCCCGCACGACACGCCGGAGGGCACCUACAGAAUCACACACUCAGGGCAUUAUAAGAGCUUCCUCUUCGGCGUCUAUCCCUAUUCCGGCGUCACGGAGUCCUUCCAGGUGAUGGCGCGGCCUGACACGACACUGCUUGAGUAUGCGGAGGUACCUCAGCAAAGCAACUCAGGGUCUGCUCUCCACAAGCCCUGGCUCAGCUUCGGCUUUUAAGCUGGCGAGACCUUCCUUGUAAACUUCACGCACCGAUGUGGGUGUGUACGUACAUUAUCUCUCUCUCUCUCUCUCUCUCUCUCUCUCUCUCUCUCUCUCUCUCUCUCUGAAUUUUACACAAACGUUCACAAAUAAAAUUGUUGAAUAAA